AGAGAAACCCCAGAAAAAAACAUGGUGUUCAUGUUUGUACUAAUAUUCAAUCACAAGUGAUCCUGGGGAUUUCCUCAUCACAUGCACGUACAUCUUACAAGAAGAUUAAUGAUCAACAGGCUGAACAGGUUGGAUGUUUGUUUUUUUCCAGAGCAAGGAGCAUGAUUACAUUUUAAUCUGGAAAAAUAGGUACGCCAGCACAUCUCUGUUCAGCUUGUAACUCACUGAGUAGCUUCUGGGAUUUGUUGUAUAUUUGUUAAAUGGCUUAGUGGGAAAAAAAAGCACAGAAGGAGCUCUAAAAAUUAUGAUGAGAAGUCUUGUGGUAACAAAGAAUAUUUCCUCAAAUGGACUGGGAAAGAAGAGACAAGCAAUACAGCACAUCAGUCAUUUUCCAAAUGGGAAGGAGCUCCUGGCUUUGUGGUGACAAGAGAGAUUUUUAAUUCAAUUAAAAAAUAAAAUUUAAAAAAAAGAGUGAGAGAUUUCUACAUUAGUGCUUUAAUGGCAAGUUUUUCAGAGGACAAAGAAAGGUGGCAAUAAGGGGGAAAAAGAAUAUAUUCUUAGUCUUCUAAGCAUUUUUUAAUCACUGUUGCUGAAUCAGGGCCAGAUGCUGUUUAUGUCAAAACCAAAACAAAAGACAAAGGGAAGGCGCUGCAGCCCAGAAUGGCACCGUCCUUCAGCUGCUGCUCAGCACUCCAAACUAACCUCCCCAUUCCAGCAGCAUCCUUGCUGGGAUGAUGGGUGUAUUUCUGGGAGGCUGUUGAUGGUGUGUGAGCACAAACAGCUGUGAAGGGCCUUUCCAGGAGCAGCAGCUCCUGCACAGCAAACCCCACUUGCUGCUGCUGCUCUGGCAGGCCACGGGCAGAGCCUUGGUGUCUGUGCAGCCCUGGGCUGUGUACAUUGACAUUUCUGUGCCCCACAGGACCCUGAUUCGCUGUGCUUUUAGUAACAGACAAUUGAGAUGAGAUGAAUUUCAAACCUGCCUUGAAAUGGGGCUGUGAUGCUGGAGUGUGUGCUGGGUGGGGUGCACAGAGCCGUGGCAGAGGAGAAUGACCUGACAGGGCAGGAUGGAAAUUCUCCAGGUCCUGGCACCUAAUCUGUUUCCCAUGGACAAAUCGCUGUCAUCCUGCUCUCCCCCUGCCCACAUCCCCAGGGAGGCAGAGGGUCCUGUCCCCUCGUUUCCCAGAGGGAUGGGCACACCUCACCCGUGGCUAAAGGAUGGCUACAGACGUGUCCUGAGCAGCAGAGAUGUGCUGGGUGUGGGAGCCAUUCCUUUCUUGCUCUUUUUUGCACUAUAAACCAAGACAUUCCAUGUCUUACCCCCUUAUUCUUCUUCAGAAAACCAGUCCUGGCUGCUGUGCUUGGGUGGUGGGGUCUGUAACCCCUGUUAGUCUGGGGCUGACCUCCCACAGUCAAGGCCUGGGCCCCCGUGGGCUGAUACAGCCUCAAGACCUCCCCUCUCCUGCCCUAAACAUGAGAUUCCCCUCUUGGAGGGGAAUGAAUCCCCCUAGGAGCAGGUUCUCACCUUCCUUUAAUUUACCUGCAAUGUUGAGAGAAGCCUGGAAAUGUCCCUCAAGUCACGGACAAUGUAAAUGCUGUUUUCCAAAGUGCAGUAUUUCACCUCCCUGGUGUUCUCUCCGAGGUGCUGACGCUGCUGGUGCUCAUGUACCCCCUGCUCCGGGGUCUGGCUCUGCACCUGCACUCUGCUCUCACCGGCAGCUACAUCCCAGGGACACAUUCCAUCGCCUUCGUCAACUGCCUCAACGAGCAGAUCGCCAAGGACAUCGCCAGGGCCAUCAUGGAUAAAAAACUGGCUGCCUACGUGAAUAUCCUGCCCAAGAGCUCGGCCUUAUAUUUCUGGAAAGGGGAACUGGAAGAAUCCACUGAAAUACUGCUGUUGGUGAAAACAAGGACGUCCAAAAUAGGGGAAUUGUCCAACUACGUCAGAUCCAUCCAUCCCUUUGAAAUCCCCGAGAUCAUCAGCCUGCCUAUCGACCAAGGAAACCCUCUCUACCUCCGGUGGAUAGAGGAGAACGUCCCGCGGGACUGAGAGGCGCAAAGCUCAGCUCAUUUUUGGGGAGGCCGGGACCCCCUGAGCCGUGCGGGAAGCGGCUUUUGCCUUCUGGGCUUUGCUGUGACACAGGAGCUUGGGACAGGGAAACCUCGGCCUGCCCCGGAGCCUGGGCUGAGCUGGGGAAGCCUGCACUACAAGCUGUGAGGACACGCGGAGAUGUUCCUGUCAGGACACUCGGGGCUGCCUCAGGCUGUCAGCGGCGAAUUCCAGCUGGGAGCCGUGGCCUGGCAGCCCCAGCAGUGCCAUGUGUCCCCACAGGCAGCCCUGACCCCUGCCUGGCCCCCGCUCCGCAUCCUGCCCCGCUCCGCUUCCCCAGCCCGGAGCUGCAGGAUGUGGCCGGGACCCCCCUCCCCUCCGGCAGCCAGCCCGGCCCGGGAGCCUGGCAGGACUGCAGCAAACACCGCCAGGAUUUAGCAGGAGCAGCGCUCACAAACCUCUGGCCCGUCACGGAGAGCUGGGCAGCAUCACAGUUCAGGGAAGCCGAGUGCCAGCAGGACCACGACACUGCCCUGGCCCUGCCCCUACCCCCACCUGAGCAGUGGCUUUCUGCCCAGGCCAAGGUGAACCUUGUAAAAAGAUCCUUAUGUUAAUGGUUUCUGGGAUGUUCUUGUGGAGCAUUUUUGCGUUAUUUAUGUGGCUGGGAAGGGAAUAAACAGGAGAGUUUCUAACCUGGGCAGACUCUGGUGGUCACAGCUGGGCAGGAUGAAAGGCCUGUCCUGGGCUUGCACACCUCACCUGGCACAGAACACAGCCCAGCAGCACCAGCUGCCCGUGCUGGGCACUGGGCAUCCCAACUCAAUAAUCCUCACGCUACAAAAAAACAGUGACGUUGAAAAAAACCCCUCUUUUUAAUUGUACAUCAGACACAUUAAUUACAACUUGGGUAUAAACGAGACUUGCUUACAAGCAGCAACCUGAACUCAGAAAUCAGAAGGUGCACAGAGUUGUUAUAAUCUCUAUUACAGCGAAUGCAAAAUAUACUCUGCAACAAAAA